UUUUUCUUCUUCUGGGUUUGGGUUGGAACGACUGGGAGCUAGCGAAGUGAGAGCGCGUUCGUUAAUUACCGUCGACGGUGCGCAUAUGGGGAUGCGCACCGUCCGGUAGUCAUUUGUAGUGCGCAAUUUCACAGUGCAUGGUAUCUGCACCACACCGUACCACUCAACCUCAACAGCAGCUCGGCAAACCGCAGAAACGCAGCUUCUUCCUGACAACAGCCACGGCAAGUCCACAAAACCCGAUCGACUCUCCCAUAGUCUACAGACCUGAAGCCCUGCGAUCCAAAUCUUUUAUCCUCGAUCAUGGCCCAGAACUACCAGAACCCACUGGCAUUGCCGAGGACGCUCUCUCCAGACUCGCUCGACGUGCUCACGCACCUGUACACCGUCCUCACCGAAGUACGCACGACGCUCCAGACAUCCACGGGCCUGGACCCCACGUCCAACGACGGCAAGAAGACCACAUCGCCGACAGGUCUUUCGUUCAAGGACGUCGUUCGUGCCAGUGAUGGCCUCCGACACAAGCUCCAGCGCGCCCGCGAACAGGUUGGAAAACUCCCGGACAUGCAACGCGGGAUAGCCGAACAAGAGGCAGAGAUCAAAGAGCUGGAGGCGAGAAUAGAGAAGCAGAGGGUGCUGCUGGAGAGGCUGCGCGAGGGAGGACUGCAGUUCGGCCAGGAUGGAGGGGAGAAGAUGGAGAUGUGAGACUUCGCAUCCCGCCCAUAGAAGAAGCGCGCAGUGCUACGAGGUGCGUCUACAACUGUCUUUACUUUGCGUUCUGCAGUUUGGAGUACGGUAAAGCUAAUGUAUCAACAGCCCACACAGAAGCAGCGCCCCAAGCUAAACCGACGAACAAUCCAGCUAUCGCCACUAAGCCAUCACCUCCUCAAUGGAGCGAUUGAUCUCGACACCC